UCAACAAGAAGAUGUAAUGAAUUAUGGUGCAGAGGAAGAAAGCAAAAAUGGCACGCCUGUAAGCAUGAAACUGCUGAGGAUACCUGUUAAUGGAACAGAUACUACAGUUUCCAUGGAACUGCACACUCUCAAACCCACCUCUGGACCAAAUAUGAAAUGUCUAAUUACCUAUAAAAAUAGGAUUGAUGCUGAGCUGCUCUCUGAAAAUCAAGAUGAUUCAAAUGUAUAUUAUUAUGAAGGUGGUGGGACAACAUCAAGUUCAUUUUCAUCUUUGUGUGCAGAUUUUCAGGAGAAUGAUCAUGAGAUUCUAAACUUGGCACCAAGGAAAUCACUUUGCAUUCUGUUGGAGAAACAGUGCCAAACAGAAUCAUAACAAAUAGAUCACCAGCUAUUUACUCUUCAAACCACUGAAUUUGAAAAAGUUGUAUAAUUCAUUUGAAUAAGCCUCCAGACAUUUCUCAAAACUGGACUGUGAUGCCUCCUAGGAAGGAGCUAACAAUACUUGAAAUAACUUCAUCUAAAUGUAUAAAAAAACACUUCAGACUGAAUUCAAGUGCCUAUGAGAAGAAUUUCAUAGAAAUAAUGUAAUUGCAAUUAUGCAAAAAUAUAACAAUUUGAUUACUGCACUCAU